AUGGAAAGUUGUCAACAGUUUCGCUAGAGGAGAAUUAAGCUGCAAAUGUAAGUUCAUUAGUGUCACAGACCAGCGCAAAACCACCGAGACUGCGGCGUUCAGCGAUGAACUCGACUAGACGUUGCAGGAAAUGAGAAAUCAAGAGAAGACUGUGAUUUGCAUAUUAUUGGGCUGGUGAUCUGAUGGAGAAUAAAGCAUCUGCUCGGGUGUGGAUUAUCAAUCCGAAUCAAACCUCUGGACUCUGAUGGAAUUUUAUUCUCUCGUGAAUUCAGAUGAUAGGAAUAUCCUCUGGAGGAUUUUUAGGUGUUGACGCAACAUUCGAAGUAGAUUUUUUUUCUGUGUGAAAGUUCACAAAAUCUGAAGUUAGAGAACUUGACUUUUUAUGACAUAACUGAUUGUUUCUGACUCAACUUUGGUCCUGUUUCACAUUUCAAUUAGACGCAAAUCUAAUCCAGCGUCCAUAAAUCUGUUUUGCACAGAUUCCUCUUAUUUUAGUGGUUCUUUGAAAUAUAACCGCCCCGAUUCGUUAGUUUAGUGUCUGUAAAUGUAAAAGGUUUAGGUCUGCAACAGUAUUGUGCAAUACUUGUGUUUCUGCGCGCACUCGUGCUGGUAUUCGCUUGAGGCGACAGAAGAGCGCGCGUGCACGAGCACGUCCACGGCGGGGCCUGUGACGUCAUGGCGGCGUGACAGCGUGAUGUUGAACGCAAUAAACAUUUAGAGUUUGAUUCUAUGCUAGUUUUAUGUUUGAAUUUAUUUGACAACUUAAGGUUUGAAAAGUUGAUCCUCUUAUAAUUCGAAUCAAGCAUUAAAACGUAAUGCAAUUUUACUUGUAAAAUUGUGGCGGGUUUGGGCACAACUGGCAUUUUUAUGCCGAACUUUUCCGUUUGAUUCAGUUUUAAUUCGAAUUAAACAUUUAGAGUUUCACUUUAUGCUAAUUUUACUUUUAAAGUUUCGGCGAGAUUUGGCAAAAUUUGAGUUUUUAUGCCGAAUUGCCGAACUUUUCUGCUUGAUUCAGUUUUAAUUCGAAUUAAACAUUUAGAGUUUCACUUUAUGCAAAUUUUACUUUUAAAGUUUCGGCGAGAUUUGGCAAAAUUUGAGUUUUUAUGCCGAAUUGCCGAACUUUUCUGCUUGAUCCAGUUUUAAUUCGAAUUAAACAUUUAGAAUUUCACUUUACGCAAAUUUUACUCUUAAAGUUUCGGCGAGAUUUGGCAAAAUUUGAGUUUUUAUGCCGAAUUGCCGAACUUUUCUGCUUGAUCCAGUUUUACUUCAAGAUUAAAGCUUGAUCCAGUUUUAAUUUGAAUUAAACAUAUGCAAAUUUUACUCUUAAAGUUUCGGCGAGAUUUGGCAAAAUUUGAGUUUUUAUGCCGAAUUGCCGAACUUUUCUGCUUGAUCCAGUUUUAAUUCAAAUCAAACAUUUAAGAGUUUGAUUAUAUGCAAGUUUUACAGACACAUUUAAUUUAAAACUUAUAUAAAAUAAAAAAGUUUUAACAUUUUGAUCCACUUAUAAUUCUAAUCAAAUUUGAGUUUCGGAACAAUUCAAAGUUGUUAUGCAAAAUGCUUCGUCCAGUUUUAAUUUGAGAUUAAAAGCUUGAUCCAGUUUUAAUUAAGUUAUUUUAGUUUAUUUCAAAUCAAACAUGUAACCAGGUUAUUAAAUGCAAGUUUACAGAAUGACAGAAUAUCUUGGCACUAUUUGAGUUUUUAUACAAAAGUUGACAUUAAUUCUCCGCUCCAGUCUCAACCAUCCACAGACAGUAGCAGAACUUAAACUGAAACAGAUCUUCUUGUUUAUAUAGUUCUAGAAUUACUAACCCUGUCCUGCACACCUAAAAUAAUGACUUUCAGGUCUUGAGUUGCUAAAAGAAUCCUGUGUUUAUUUCGUCAUCUCUCAAGAGGCUCGUAUGGUCUUCAAAUAAGUUGUUCAUGCUAAAACAAAAGUGUUGUCUCCUGUGAAACGACAAACUGCACGUCUGCGAGAGGAAACGGCCAUAAGGGCCAAGACUUGCGCAACUGCUGGGCAGAAAAACUGCUCUUGUUACCGGAUUGGCUGCAGUCGUACUCAAAACAGCCAAAGGCAGAGAAGAAAAGUCUCAGUGCCAAGUACACUAGAACAAAUGUGAUUCGUUUUACUUGUUGGUUUCGAGAGAUUUGUUCACAUAGCUGUGGGUUUACCUGAGGACGGCGAAUAUGAUUUAUGUGAUCUGUGCAAAAGCACUGUAGAAUAACUGUCUCUCAAACUCACAGAAUCUAUACAGUGUUUUGUGCUCUAUGGGUUCUUGCACUCUUUUUCUGCCAAAGUGUGAAGGAAUGAACAAAGAUCUAGUUUCCAGUGCCCGGGCAUAACGUCAAACGGACACACGCACUUGAACACGCUCGCAAGCACUCUGUCCAGGAUGAGCGGUGGAAAGAAACGGAGUGGCUUUCAAAUCACUAGUGUGACGUCGGACUAUAAUCAGGGUUCUGGCGAGAGUCUUUCACCUAAAGGACCCGCUUCUUUGGAAAGAGCCACGCCCACUCCCACCUCCCCACUCCGAAACACCGCCCAUGGGCGGAGCCCUCGUAGCCAAACUGCCUCGCCCACUCAAAUAAUACCCAAUGGCCCCUCCCUUCGCCACAGCCCCGCCCUCCAGACGCAACAAAGUUGCAGUCAGCCGACCACGCCCGUCAUGACCAGGAAGCAGAGUUCACUGGACGCGGGCGGGGCAUCGCGGUUCCGCGUGGUGCGUUUGGACCAGGGGUUGGGUGAACCGUACAAACGCGGCCGCUGGACAUGUCUGGAUGUCAUGGAGCGGGAAGUUGAGGAACGGGGACUCCGCCGAGUGCUUGACAGCAUGAGACACGCCCAUUCGCUGGAGUCCUUGGAGACGGUGGGUCUGGGCGGGGUCGAAGGAACUGUGGGCGGAGCCUGCGGACUUAAACCGUUGGGGUUGCGGGGGCUGCACACAGGUCACCUGGUACACUCGCAGGGCACCACCCACCUGCUCGCCCAGUGCACGACAGAAACAGCCCACAGCGGCCCGCCCUCUCCCACACACGGCCACAAACCACACAACUCGCUGCUGGUCACGUCUGGACAUGUGCCAAACACGCCCCGCACACGCAACAUACCCGCCCCGCUGCGCCUCGACAUGGAUGCCGAUGGCAAGCUCCGCACCACCCGCUCACAGCCAGCAUCGCCCGGACCCCACCUGAGUCACGACAGCCCCUUUCACAUGGGACUCACGCCCAUCCCGACGCCAUCUGCCCUCGCGCUGGCACAGUCUAUGUUCGGCAUGGGCCGGGCGUUUGAGCUCGUGGGAGACGACGGUGGAACCAACAGCAGCAUGAUUGCCAUCGAUAACAAGAUAGAACAAGCUAUGGACCUGGUGAAGUCUCACCUCAUGUUGGCAGUACGAGAGGAAGUAGAGGUGCUGAGAGAUCAAAUUAAAGAGCUGUCUGAGAGAAACGCUCAGUUAGAGAGAGAGAACUACAUCCUGCGGGCGCUCCGGGACAGAGACUGACACCCCACUGCAUCAUGGGAGAUGUAGUUUGAUCUGAUACAUGCCCAAAAAGGGAAAGAUUGUUAGUGUGUGAAUACAAAUGACAUGAUGAGAGGAGACAAAUGUGUGUGCAGUACUGAUAGAUUAUUUGUGCCUUAAACAUCUGUAAUGACUGAUAGUGCUGCUUACACAGUCUGAUUAAGAGAUUACAAGAUAAUUAAUGUUGAUAAUGCUCUAAACAGUGCCUAUUUAUUUGUGUGUGUGCGCGUGCGCGCGUGCGCGCGUGCGUGCGUGCUGUGUGUGUGUGUGUGUGUGUGUUAGUUUUAAAGCACUGCUCAACUCCACAUCCAUAAGUCUCUUUAUGUUGCCAUGGUUACUCCCAAACCAGCACUGAUAGAUGCAAAGACUGUUACACAUUUCAGAUUUAAUUUAGUGUUUCUUAACUCUCUCUUUCUCUGUUGAAUAAUCAUUUGAUCUGUAAUGCGUUAUGGAGAAAUGACUGCUCUAAUAAAUAACUUUUCCUACUCUU